CUGUUGAGCUACCCUAUACGUGCUCAAACCCAGAGAGACACGCAAAGAAAGAGGAGGAGGAGGAGAGAGGGAAGAAGAGGCAGACGUGCGUCUCUGCGCUGCAUCGGCUCACGGAUUUCCCUCCAACUUUUUCUAUUCUUAAUUUAUCGAAAGCGUUUGUCGUUUUUUCCCACUCGCAUUCCUCCAUCCGUCCUCUGGGAAUGAACAGUUUUCCUGCCUGCGUCGUUUCCAUGUCAGCAUGGGAACCACCGUGUCCAAAAGGAGGAAUUUAAGAAACGAUGCGAUAUCUUCUGUGGCAGCAAAAGUUCGAGCAGCACGAGCAUUUGGAGAGUACCUGUCCCACUCACACCCUGAAAACCGAAACGGAUCAGCUCACCUUCUGUGUGAAACCUUGGUGGGUCCUGAUCCAGAGUCGCCGAGUGAUACGACUGGUCCAAACAGUAAGACUCCCUUCCGUCCCUGCUCUACCACCAAAGGCUGCGAGCCCAAACCAGAACCAGCCAACGAGAAGCUGGGCUUCAUCCAGCCUCCUCCCUCCUGUGUCACCAUUCCCACCAAGCCUACCUGUUUGUCCCUUGAACGCAGCUUUACACUAGAGGAGGAGCAAAAACGAUCCACCGAGUGUGCGCUCCAACCUGCUCGUGUGUACACCAUCACCACCCAGCACGGUAUGUUGAUGAGCAGCAGCCGGGGCAGCAAAGAGAGCCUAGAACUGGACGUCCUGAAGGACAAGUCGGGGAGCGGUAGGUCUAGAGGUGGUCCCAUCCAGCCAUCCACCUCCCCAUCAUCCGCCUCCUCAUCUCCAACCCAAUACAACCGCUCAGGCAGUGGCCGCGGCACCAACAGUUGCAGUGCCAGCCACCAUCACCACUGUAAUCACCAGAUGAACCACAGUGCACCUUCCAGCAGCAGCGCAGGAGUUAGCGGGGCAUGUGGGAGCAGCAGUAGCAAUCCGCAGCAACAGCAGCAGCAGCUAGCUGGUGCAGGGUCCCAUUCCCAUCAUGCAUCGCACCACCACCCCCAUCACCACCAUCACUUGUCCCAGCCGCCACUGCAGACCUCAGUCAGCGCCCACAACAUUCGUAGCCUGGGAGACAGUGGGAAAGGGGAGGUGGAUUGCCGAGGGCUGGCUUGUGACUCGUGCAGCGGAGCUCCCUCGCGUAGCCAGGGGUCGUUGGACCUGGAGAGUGCGUCUCGAGAGGCAGGCAAGCAGCACCGACGCUUGGAGCGGAUGUGGAGUGUGGACCGGGUGACUGGGCUGGAGAGAGAGGACACAAACUGGUUCCCCAAGGAGAAUAUGUUCACCUUUCAAACAGCCACAACAACUAUGCAGGCGUGAGUGAACUUCCGGAAGCAUCUUCGGAUGGUGGGCAGCAGAAGGAUUAAAGCACAGGCGUUCGCUGAACGUAGAUCGAAGAGUUUCAGCCGUUCCUGGAGCGAUCCCACCCCUGUCAAGACUGACUCUCCUCAUGAACCCAAAGACAGUGGAGACCUGCAGAUGUCCAGCGGCACCCUGGAGGAGGGAGGCCUUGAUGACUCUGUAGACUGGGAGGAGGAGAAAGAGAUGGAGAGGCUGGCUUGUGAAGGAGAUGACUUUAUCCCUCCUAAAAUCAUGCUGAUCUCCUCCAAGGUUCCCAAGGCAGAAUACGUUCCCAACAUAAUCCGAAGGGACGACCCGUCCAUCAUCCCCAUCCUCUACGACCAUGAGCAUGCAACCUUUGAUGAUAUUUUAGAGGAAAUAGAAAAGAAGCUAACGGCAUACAGGAGAGGAAGCAAGUUUUGGAGGAUGCUUAUCUUUUGUCAGGGAGGCCCUGGUCAUCUGUAUUUACUGAAGAAUAAAGUGGCAACCUUUGCAAAAGUGGAAAAGGAAGAAGACAUGAGCCAAUUCUGGAGGAGAUUGAGUCGAUUCAUGAGUAAAAUCAACCCAGAACCAAACGUGAUACACAUAAUGGGAUGCUACGUUCUGGGGAACCCAAAUGGAGAAAAGCUGUUCCAGAAACUGAAGAAUCUGAUGAGGCCUUAUUCUGUUGAGUUUGAAUCACCGCUGGAGCUGUCUGCACAGGGCAAAGAGAUGAUUGAGAUGUUCUUCGAUUUCCGUCUCUAUCGCCUUUGGAAGACACGGCAACACUCCAAACUCUUGGACUAUGAGGAUUUUUUGUGACGAAGACGUCUGGAGGAUGAGCGUGAUGGAGCGCCACAUUGCUGUGAGGAUGCUGUAAAAAAACACUCUAGCCCUCGGGUCGUCAACCCCGCAUAAACAGUCAGACCUGCUUGGGCUAAGAAAUGAAGAAAAGCAGUAGCAAAACAAAAACACAACUAAGAACUCUGAACUUCCUUGUUUUUGAAGGAUAACAGAAUGUAAAGAAUACUGGAUCAAAAAAAUGAGGAAAAACCCAAACA